AUGGUUAAUGGAUUAACCAAAAAGGCAAUCCAAACAGGAUUAGAUGCUAGCUCCGGUGCAAUACAAGAGCUCAAAAAUUUUAUAAACAAAUUUAUCACAAAACACGCACCAAAAAAGAGAGAAAGAAUGAACACAAGGCAACUAGAAGAUGACAAUGAAGUUAAUAGUUCCA